AUGGGGGUUGCCCAGCUGCACAUGGGCAUCAUUUCUUCCGCCAGUGAAAGUUUUUACAAACUGAUCGAAGUAACAAAGGAUCCCGCUGUGCAUUACGACAUUCAAAAAGCCUUCGUGAAAAUCUCAGUCGACGAAGGAGAACCCAUCGCAAACAUGUCAGAAAUGCUUUUGGACGAUCCUCUUGGGGGUAAACUGCAAGCUGAGUUGAAUCGCGCCAGAGAGAAACUCAGUGGGGUUGAGGAGAACUUGCAUCAGCUGUUGGGGCCUGUUCCAGCACCAGCACCGCAGGAAUUCAACGAUUCCGGGGCAUUCGACGAUGAUCUGAAGCGCGAGACUGGACUGAAUCAAGAAGAUCAUCGUGUUGGAAAUUUCGCUGGCUUGGAAUCGGGUUUCAAGCGUCCUUUUAAUGCGGUAUUUGCUGCGGUUGGGGGUUCGGAUGAAUAUCGAAAAACCCGAGGAUUUGGAGGUGAUGCGGAACCUCCUUUCAAAAGAAGAGUUCGAGAUGAGGAAGAAGUUGCGGAAAAGAAACCAACUCUUUCCUCAAGUGUCGUUAAAACUGGCAAUGAAGCGCGAACUAGAGAGGAAGCCAUUCGUAAUGGUGAGCGCGAUACACGAACCAAUGCCCGCAAUCGUCGGAUGUUCGGUUGUCUCCUCGGUACCUUGCGUCAGUUUCAACGAGAGGAAACGGAGCUUAAAACGAAAGAAGAGAAACGAGCUCAAGUAGAAAAGAAAGUAGAAGAAAAGAGUAAGCUUGAACGCGAACGAAUGAAUCAAGAGAAGCGAAACUUGAUUUUCGAUCGCCGUAAACAGCAGCAGGAAAUUCGAAGAAUAGAAUUUAAACUUCAUCGGUUGCAAGAGGUGAAAGAAUGGGAGACGCAACAGAAGCUUCUGAGAAAUUUUAUAAAGACUAGCGCCUCGCCACCUCUUUAUUAUCUCCCAAAGAUGAUGUCGGAAGCCACAGAAAAGAUGCUCGAAGCGUCGCGUAAAGAAAUCGAUGACAUGGUAGCGGAGAAACAUAGACGGCUUGAGGAAGAGUUCGAAAAGGUUGAUGCACGAGCCGAAGCUCGUGCGGAGCGAGAGAUGUCGAUGAACAUGCACGCAAGUUGGAGGCGAAGUGCUGGCAAACAAAAUGACGACGCCAUGAAUGAAGAGGAUGGCAUUUUUGCGGACGAUUCUCAUGCCAAGCUUGCCGAGUCUUUGGAUGAGAUCAUGGGCAUACAAGCGCAGGCGAGGAAAGCUGAAGGGAAGCAAAAUGCCAGGACUUCCUCAGAUUUUUCCGUUUCCUUGAAGGAACGAGGAAAUGGAUGUGUACGGACAGAGAAUAGGACCAGAACGUCUGGUGGCGAAUCCAGUGAUUCUGCUGAUGAAGCAGAAGAGCGUCCCAAAGCUUCUGUGAAAGAUGAACCUUUGUUGAAGAUAGAGAAGCAUGAUGAGGAUUACGAGUACGAGGACGGGGAAUUGUAA